AUGGAUCAUCCGAUCCCCAGUGAGAAAGGCUGCAGAGGGAAGGAAACAACAGACGAGAAGACCGUGAUAGAGAAAGAAUUAAAGAAGGAGAGGAGAGUACACAAAACAGAAGAUGCAGACGCCGAGGAUGUACUGGAAGACUCAAAUAACGGCGACGAGAUCUCAAGCGGUAUUUUAAUUGCUGGUGACAUAGACGAAGACAACUGGGACGACAGGCCGAGGCGACGACUGACCACCUCCAACAGCGGGGCUGAGAUCAUGCUGGGUCUGGAGACAGACGACGGCAAGAGUGCUGAAGUGGAGAUCGACUCGCUGGAGACCGAUGAACUACAACCAGAAGAAAUACCAAAAGGCCGAGUCAGAAAAACUUCAAUUGUUGAAAAAUUAUCAAAGUCCAAAGAAUCAGAACUCAUUGCAUUGUCCAUUAUGGAAAGUGCUGGCCAAAGACAGAGAGAGUUUGAGAAAUUGAUUAACGAACAUCAAGAACUAGUACAAGAAAUCAGCCGUACACCCAGCGCCGAAAAUAUAGUACAGAGCGAUACAGGCAGGGACCCGUAA